AGCUCUCAGAAGGAAAAUGCAGGCUCCUGCUGUCCGUGAACACACUCCUGUGAGCGAAGCCCAUCAUCACACUACACAGAUCUCCUUGUGGACAGUAGUCGCUGCCAUCCAAGCCGUGGAGAGGAAGGUGAAUUCCCAUGCCACGCGAUUACUGAAUCUGGAGGGGAGAACAGGGACAACUGAGAAGAAGUUAACAGACUGUGAGAGGACAGCGAUGGAAUUUGGUAACCAGCUGGAGAGUAAAUGGACUAUUUUGGGAACUCUGAUCCAGGAGAAUAACUUCCUGCAGAGGAGGCUAGAGAACAUGGAGAACCUGCUAAGAAACAGGAACUUUUGGAUCUUAAGACUGCCCCCAGGCACUAAGGGAGAAGUCCCCAAGGUGCCGGUGACAUUUGAUGACGUCUCCGUCUAUUUCAAUGAGCAGGAGUGGGAGAACUUAGAUGAAUGGCAGAAAGAGCUUUACAAGAAUGUGAUGAAGGGGAACUAUGAGACCCUGAUCUCCCUGGACUACGCUGUUUCUAAGCCAGAUGUUUUAUCGCGCAUUGAGCGAGGGGAGGAGCCGUGUGUCGGGGAUCAGUGGGAAUCUCUGGAAGGAUUGGAGGAAAGAGUCCAGAAGAAGGAAGGGCUGGUGGAAGGAGAAAUCCCUGUGGACCCCAGCGCAGGCCAUGCCAUUUCCAACCCUGACAUCCUGCCCCGGGCUGAAGGAGGGGAGGAGCCGUGUAUCGGGGCCCUGGGGGGUUCUGCAGACAGAGAAAUUUCCCAGGAGCCCAGCACAGUUUCCACAUCUGACACUUUAACCUGGAUUAAAGAAGAGGAAGAGCUGGAUGCUGGGGACCAGCAGGAAUUGGGGGAAGGAAGAAUUCUCACAGGCUCCAGCAUGGCAAAUGAUGGGACAGCAAACAAAGAGGAGGAGAAGCCCCAGGAGGGAUGUCUGGAAAAGUUAAAACCGAAGGAGGAGGUUUUGCAGAGCCUACAGCAGGGAGCGGCUGCACAGCUGUCAAACCCUGCAGUCACCAGAAUGGAGCAAUCAACCCAGUGUGGCCGAGACUUCAGCCUGCUCAAGGGCUUUGUGGUGCAGCCAGGGGAGAAGCCCUUUGCCUGCAGUGAAUGCGGGAAAAGCUUCCGGCUGAAGGGGAAUUUGGUCAAGCACCUGCGGAGCCACGCCACGGUGCGGCCCUACAAGUGCAGCGAAUGCGAGAAGAGCUUCAACGGCCAGUCGGAGCUGCUGCGACACCAGAUGAUUCACCGCGGGGAGAAGCCCUACAAGUGCAGCGAGUGCGAGAAGAGCUACAGCCGCAAGGUGUAUCUGCUCAACCACCAGCGCGUGCACACAGGGGAGCGGCCCUUCCAGUGCAUGGUGUGCGAGAAAAGCUUCCGGCAGAAGGCCGUGCUCAUCUCGCACCAGCGCCUGCACACUGGCGAGCGCCCCUACAAGUGCACCCAGUGCGACAACAGCUUCAGAAAAUCCAAGCUCAACAACCACUACCGCAUCCACACGGGAGAGUGGCCUUACAAGUGCCCCAAGUGUGACAAGAGCUACAGCCGCAAGGUGUACCUACUCAACCACCAGCGCCUGCACACCGGCGAGCGGCCCUUCCAGUGCACUGCGUGCAGCAAGAGCUUCAUGCUCAAGACGAGCUUCAUGAAGCACCAAAGAAAUCACGUGGAAGAGAGACCCCACCAGGGCAGCCCUGUUGCUAAAAGCCAUGGUGGGUCUGUUGACCAUCAGGGUAAUGACCUGGGAGAAGGGCUGAAACACCACAUUGAGUGUGGGAAAAGCUUCACGGGAAAGCCUGAGCUAGAGAGACACCAGCGGGUCCAUGUCAGGGAGCGGCCACAUCAGUGUGGCACAUGUGAAAAAAGCUUCCGAUAUGAGGAAUCUCUUAAAGAACAUCAGAGUUUCCACAGCACAGAGCAAGGGCAUCCAGAGGUUUCUUGGAGCCCCGGACAGGGAGCAGAGGCCGGACUCCUGGUUGUAAAGAUGGAAGAUACGUGGUACCAGGCCGCGGCUCCCUCCCUCCCUCCCUCCCGGCUGCGCUCGCUCUGCUCCGCCCGGCAGCGGGGCCGGGACUCUGCCCAGCCGGGAGCGGGAGCGGAGCUCGGCCGGGCCGGGCCCGCUGGAGAAGCCCCGCCCGCCGGCCCCAGGGGGGCCAUGGCCGAGCGGGCCGCUGCCCAGGCUCCUGCUGUCCGUGAACACACUCCUGUGAGUGAAGCCCAUCAUCACGCUACAGAGAUCUCCUUGUGGACAGUAGUCGCUGCCAUCCAAGCCCUGGAGAGGAAGGUGAAUUCCCAUGCCACGCGAUUACUGAAUCUGGAGGGGAGAACAGGGACAACUGAGAAGAAGUUAACAGACUGUGAGAGGACAGCGAUGGAAUUUGGUAACCAGCUGGAGAGUAAAUGGACUAUUUUGGGAACUCUGAUCCAGGAGAAUAACUUCCUGCAGAGGAGGCUAGAGAACAUGGAGAACCUGCUAAGAAACAGGAACUUUUGGAUCCUGAGACUCCCCCCAGGCACUAAGGGAGAAGUCCCCAAGGUGCCGGUGACAUUUGAUGACGUCUCCGUCUAUUUCAAUGAGCAGGAGUGGGAGAACUUAGACGAAUGGCAGAAAGAGCUUUACAAGAAUGUGAUGAAGGGGAACUAUGAGACCCUGAUCUCCCUGGACUACGCUGUUUCUAAGCCAGACGUUUUAUCGCGCAUUGAGCGAGGGGAGGAGCCGUGUGUCGGGGAUCAGUGGGAAUCUCUGGAAGGAUUGGAGGAAAGAGUCCAGAAGAAGGAAAGGCUGGUGGAAGGAGAAAUCCCUGUGGACCCCAGCGCAGGCCAUGCCAUUUCCAACCCUGACAUCCUGCCCCGGGCUGAAGGAGGGGAGGAGCCGUGUAUCGGGGCCCAGGGGGGUUCUGCAGACAGAGAAAUUCCCCAGGAGCCCAGCACAGUUUCCACAUCUGACACUUUAACUUGGAUUAAAGAAGAGGAAGAGCUGGAUGCUGGGGACCAGCAGGAAUUGGGGGAAGGAAGAAUUCUCACAGGCUCCAGCAUGGCAGAUGAUGGGACAGCGAGCAAAGAGGAGGAGAAGCCCCGGAAGGGAUGUCUGGAGAAGCUGGAGCCGCAAGGGAUGUCAUCGGUGAAAUCAGAAGAGGAGGCUUUGCAGAGCCUCCCACAGGGAGCGGCUGCACAGCUGUCAAACCCUGCAGUCACCAGAAUGGAGCAAUCCACCCAGUGCGACCGAGACUUCGGCUGGCUCAAGGGCUUUGUGGUGCAGCCGGGGGAGAAGCCCUUUGCCUGCAGUGAAUGCGGGAAAAGCUUCCGGCUGAAGGGGAAUUUGGUCAAGCACCUGCGGAGCCACGCCAAGGUGCGGCCCUACAAGUGCAGCGAGUGCGAGAAGAGCUUCAACGGCCAGUCGGAGCUGCUGCGACACCAGAUGAUUCACCGCGGGGAGAAGCCCUACAAGUGCAGCGAGUGCGAGAAGAGCUACAGCCGCAAGGUGUAUCUGCUCAACCACCAGCGCGUGCACACAGGGGAGCGGCCCUUCCAGUGCACGGUGUGCGAGAAAAGCUUCCGGCAGAAGGCCGUGCUCAUCUCGCACCAGCGCCUGCACACUGGCGAGCGCCCCUACAAGUGCACCCAGUGCGAGAAGAGCUACUGCCGCAAGGACUAUCUGCUCAGCCACCAGCGCCUGCACACCGGCGAGCGGCCCUUCCAGUGCACUGCGUGCAGCAAGAGCUUCAUGCUCAAGAGGAGCUUCAUGAAGCACCAAAGAAAUCACGUGGAAGAGAGUCCCCACCAGGGCAGCCCCACCUAGCCUGUUGGUCAUUGCCAACAUGGGUCUCUUGCAACAUGAGGACAUCUAUGUUACAAGUCUUCAAGCAAGUUUUCAAGAUACUCGCAUUUUGUCCAUGACACUCCUUCAUCAUUAAGUUGCAGGAUUCUUAUUCAAGGGCCUAUUUAGCAUGUCGUAUGGCCCUGAGGAGGAAUGAAUUGCUUCUCUAAUAACCGGGAGAUCGCUGAGUGAUAUUCGGUCGUUGAGUUGAUGGCAUUCAUUGUGAAUUCUCAUUUAGCAGAGUGGGCCCCCGUGAAAGCCGCCAUCUCCCACUCCAUUGUCCACUGUUAACCAAGAUUUAACAGGGCCUCUUGAGUGAGCCCAGCAAUAGGUACACAUACCGUUACAUUGCAGUGGGCUUGCAGUUAGCUGCUAUAGUGUUCAGGAUAUUGUAAAUAUCAACAAGCAAAUCCCACUUUUAACAUGGGCCCUAUUGCAAUGUGUAGAGACAGGCAGUGGGGUGGCUUCCUGUGGCUUCCUGCUUUCAGCUAGAUCCCUUUGCCUGAUUAUUUGUUUUUAAUCCUGCUCCCAUUCCGCUCUGCAGUACUCACUGCUCCUUCCACCUGCUCCUACAUUGUUUCUUGUAUUUUUAUCCUGCUUCUACCCUGAAAAACCUUAGAUCCUGCAAGAGAGAGAGAUUCCCCCAUGGUACUUAAAAAAAAACAAAAAAACACAUGGUCAGUUAAGUGUGCGUGUGUGUGUGUGUGUAAUUCAGACACAAGUUUUACCUCUAAAACAAAUCUUGCUUAAACCAUGUAAAAAACCCCAAACCAACCUUUAGCUCUUGUUAUAAUAGACAUCAGAUCUUUCUAUUCCUUGCUUACAUUUUCGUAUUAAAGCCUUUAUUAAAAAAAAAUAAAAUAAAAUCUUGUUUUACACUGCUGAAAA